UUUUGAUUCGCUCGCAUCAUUAGUAUGUGCGACGCUGGCCGUCGCAAACGUGAUCUUGUACUGUGAAAAUGUUUACUAAAUGUUUGUUAUUGGUUCUUCUAUACUCUUUCUCGAUAACAAAUGGCAAGCCUGACAAAUUCUUCAGAAAAGGUUACAAAUAUCUGGAGGAGACGAAAAGUUUUUACAAAUUCCACACCGUACACAAAAAAUGGGAAGAUGCGAAAUCCAUCUGUGAAAUGGAGGGAGCCACUCUCUUUUACCCUCAGGAUGAGGAGGAGGCCAACGCUGUCAUAUCCUACUGGAAUGCCACUCAGACCUUUCUUUGGAUUUACAUUGGGAUUUCGACACCGACUGUUAAGGAAAUCUUCGAAACAGUUGAUGGUCUGCCAAUAGAAGACGUAUAUGAUAACUGGGCACCAGGGGAACCCAACAAUGCUGGUGGGGUCGAGGAGUGUGUGGUGCUGAGACGAGAGGGGGUCCUCAACGAUGACCGGUGUGACAAGGCCUGGCCCUACAUAUGCAAGAAGACCGAGGCUUCGUUACGAUGGAACGACCUUUGCGACAUCCCAGACCCAGAGUAUACAUAUUACGAGAAGACAGGCAGAUGUUACAAAUUACAUCUCACACCUAAGAACUGGAAAGACGCAUACACCACCUGCAGCUACGAACAAUCCAGACUUGCCGUUAUUGAUUCUGAUGAGGAAGCCAACAUCUUAGUAAACAUGAUCAACAGUUCGCCCAAGGACCUAAUAGAUGGGGACUACUUAAGAGGGGCUGUUCAUUUGGGCUUCAAAUACCUCAAUGGCUGGAAGACUUAUCGAGGCACAGACUUGAGAAGCAACGGUUACGCGAAAUGGGGCAAAGGUCAACCUGAUGGUAGAGGCAAUGAGACCUGCGGUUCCAUGUUCUAUAACGACGGAAAAUCUGACAAAUUCUUCCGAAAAGAUUAUCAAUAUCUUGAAGAAACACGAAGUUUUUACAAGUUCCAAACCAUUCGCAAAUCCUGGCGAGAUGCGAAGAGCACCUGUGAGCUGGAGGGAGCCACUCUCUUCUACCCUCAGGACGAGGAGGAGGCCAAGGCAGUCAUAUCCUAUUGGAAUGCCACUCAGAAUUAUCGUUGGAUUUACAUUGGAAUUUCCGCUCCCAUUGUGAACGAAGUUUUUGAAACAGUUGAUGGUCUACCUAUAGAAGAUGUGUAUGGCAAAUGGGGUCCUGGGCAGCCAAAAGGUGGCUCGCACAAGUGCGUGAUAUUGAGACGCGAAGGAUUCCUUGCCGAUGCCGAGUGCGAACUACCCUGGGUCUACAUGUGCAAGAAGACCGAGGCAUCAUUGCGAUGGAACGACCUUUGCAAUAUUCCAGAUCCAGAAUACACAUAUUACCAGAAGACUGGAAGAUGUUACAAAUUACAUCUCACUCCAAAGAAUUGGGCAGAUUCCUACAUCACCUGUAGUAUGGAACAGUCCAGACUUGCCGUUAUCAAUUCGGAUGAAGAAGCCAAUAUACUAGUAGACAUAAUUAAGAAUUCACCAAAGGAUCUAAUAGAUGGAGACUACUUAAGAGAUGCAGUUUAUUUGGGUUUCAAGUUCGAUGACGGAUGGAAGACUUAUGUUGGUACAGAUUUAAGAAGUAGCGGCUAUGUCAAAUGGGGUCCAGGUCUACCUGAAGAUAGAGGCAACAGGACCUGCGGCGGGAUGUUCUACGACGGGCUGCUGAACGCCGUAAGCUGCGACGACAAAGCCUUCUUCAUCUGUGAACACGAAAUACGUUUGCUGCAGACUGCUUUAGAUUACAAAUUUGGCGAAGAAAAUGCUGUUCAGCAUGGCUAUGUGAGGAGCGAGGUUGUGUUCGCGAUAAUGAUCAAAUGGUUCCUCCUUCUCGCUUGCGUCUACAUAAUAGAUUGCAGACCUGAAAAAUUUUUUAGAAAAGGUUACAAAUAUCUAGAAGAAACAAAGAGUUUUUAUAAAAUACAAACGGUACGUAAAAAAUGGCAAGAAGCAAAAACCACGUGUGAGCUAGAGGGAGCUACUCUCUACUACCCUCGCGAUGAAGACGAAGACAGUGCUGUGAUGGCCUAUUGGAAUGCUACACAGACCUUUCAAUGGAUUUACAUUGGCAUUUCAACACCUCACGCUUUAGAAAUAUUCGAAACAGUUGAUGGUUUGGGAAUAGACGACGUGUACGAUAACUGGGCGCCCGGGGAGCCCAAUCGUGCUGUAGGAGAUGAAGAGUGCGUAACGUUGAAAAAUGUGCAGGCAAAAGGACGCCUUAUUUAUGACAGUUGCUUAAAGAACUUGCCCUACAUAUGUAAGAAAACUGAGGCAUCGCUACGCUGGAACGACCAGUGCGACAUCCCAGAUCCAGAGUAUAUUUUCAGCGAAAAGACUGGCAGGUGUUAUAAGUUACAUCUGACACCUAAGACCUGGGCGAAUGCUUACAUCACCUGUGUAACGGAGCAGUCGAGACUUGCAGUUAUAAAUUCAGACGUUGAAGCCAGUGUACUUGUGGAUAUCAUUAAAAAUUCAUUCACGGAUCUAAUAGAUGGAAAUUACUUGAGAGGAACAGCUUAUCUGGGAUUUAAAUACGACGAUGGAUGGAAAACUUAUUUAGGUACAGAUUUGAGAAGCAGCGGCUAUGUGAAAUGGGGCAAAGAUUUACCUGAAGGAAGAGGUGAUAGGACCUGCGGCGGGAUGUUCUUUGACGGGCUCCUGAACGCCGUCAGCUGUGAUGCCAAAGCCUUCUUCAUCUGUGAACACGAAAUACGUUUGCUGCAGACUGCCUUGGACUACAAAUUCGGGGAUAACUGAUAACCUGGGUAAUCCUAUACAUGACGUUGGGGCUACAUUACUGAGAAGCUUGCAUAAAAGAAGUGCACUCAAAUUAAAGGGAUUAAGAUUGUUAGCUUCCAUUAGGCUGUUUAAGUUAUAGCAACUAGUAAGAUUGUUAAGUGGUCUUAGGGCUAGAUUUAUAUUUAAAUAUAAUGU